CUUUCGUAUUCUCGCCUCUUCUCUCUGCUUACACUUCAUACAAGCCUGUUCCGUACCAAGGGGGACAUCAGAAGAGGAAGAGGGGCGGUUCGCUCCCGACUCUUUCUUCCCUCCUGUCCAUCUCAUUCUUCCGUUCUCUUCCUUCUGUUCCUUCCUUUCUUCGCUUUCUUCGCUUUCUUCUCUUUCUUCUCUUUCUGCCUUCUUUGCCUUUCUGUUGCCCGUUUCAUCUAGCGUUCCUUUCUCUACCUCUCCCCUUUCCUUCGUUCCGCCGUUUUCUCUUCUUGUCGACUUUUUUCUCGCAGGAGUGCCUUCUCAUCUGAUCAAGCAACCUACGAUGUCACUUCAGAGCGUUUUCCUAGAAUGGCUAUAAAACUCCGUCUUCCUGUCCACUCUCCAGUCUUGUUUUGCGCUGGUGGUUUGCCCUCUCCCUGUCUCACUGGCUCUGUUCUUCGAAGCACCCACAAGAGACAUCCAGGCCAGGCCCGGUGUACGUACACCGGAGAUACACCUCCUGUUCUCAACACCAUGUAGACUCUCCAAGCUGCAAUAUCGUCCUUUCGCGUCUCCUUCUUCUCUUCUACCAGAUCUGUUUUUUCACGGCUUCGUUCCCCAGUGUCCUCUCUCGCCUUCUUUUUGUUCCAUACUCCAUCUUCUUCCGUCUUCUUCCGUCUUCUUCCGUCUUCUUCCGUCUUCUUCCGUCUUCUUCUGCUCCUGACUUCUUCUUCGCGUUCUGCUUCUUCGCCUUCUUGGUGCCUCUUCUCUUCCUCUGUGGUUUCGCUUCGCUUUCUUCUUCUUCUUCUUCUUCUUCUUCUUCUUCUUCUGCUCUCCACCACCUUUUCGUUCACACGCCUUCCUUCGUCGCGUUGUCAGUUUUUUUCGGUCUUUUGUCUCUCCGCGCUGCUUCUUCCCAACGAUCUCUUGAGUUCCUUGUCGCUUCUCGCGGAAAGGAUGUCCUGUCACCGUCACGUCUUUCGAGCCGCGCCGGCGGCUGUCUUUGCCUCAGUGCAACGCUGGGGGAGACGAAACAAUGUCCACAAGCUCACGCUCCUUGUCCAGACCUACGAAAAACCUUGUGUCAAAAGGACAAGAAUAGCCGAAGAGAAGGCCUACUAUCCCCGGUGGUUCUAUCUCCGAUACGCCACAGAAGUCAUCAGAUACUCCCUUAAACACCACCUGCGCCUGGGCCAAGCGCUCGACCCAAACGACGACCAGCGCCUCGAUGCGGUGAAGCCGCUGCGUCUGCCGUCGAGUGAAGAGCGGCGACAACAUCUGCGACACAUGGAGGACGCACUGGCGCUUCUGCACCAACAGGUGAUGGAGAUGGACGCGGUUUGCGCUGUCACCGGGGCGAAGAAGUCGGCGGCGGCUCGAGAUCCUCUCCAUGUGUCAGCGGCGGAUAUCCUCGCAGAAGUCGAGCGAUCUCAAGGCCGGCUGUUGUCUCUCCCUGCGUUUCUCCGUCGCUUCUAUCGACCGAGCGGGGGCGGUCACUCAUGGUCAGUUAACGAACUGCGAAUUCUCCACCUUCGCCUCACGCGCUUUGUCAAGCUCGUGCUGGACAUACACUCCACGCGCGAGCUCCUCGCGCUCGAGGAGGGCAAACACGCGCGGUGGGGAAAGAGUCUUUCCGAGGAAGAACUGGGGAAACUCUUCGAUGCGAAGCGCUUAGACCUCCCCGCGUGAGCAGCCAAACGCGUGCGAGAGAGAGGAGAAUCAGGGAGCCUUUUUUUUAACGCGCCUCACAGGGGAGACAGGCCGCAAGACGACGCCUGGGGAGGGGGGGGGAGGGGGGAGGGUAGGAGAGGUGAACGGCAAGAGCAGGAGCGCGAGAAGGAGGACAGAGGGCGCGUUCACCUGCGAAGCGUUGGGGACGAGUGACGACUUGGUUUUUUCGAGAGAUAGGAGUCCCCCGGUUAAAUGCCGGUCCACGUUUCGUUUCCUACAGAAGGCAGGCAGAUGGGCGGGCGGGUACGAAGGAGAGAAGCGAGGAGACCAGGUCGUCUGCCUUUCCCCUUUUGUGUCGCCGUCAGGCGGGUGUCGAUUCCCAGUCGCACAAGUUGUCCUGCAGUGUCUUUUCUCCGCCUCGUCGUCUUUCUCCUGUUCUUUCCUUUACGUACUCUCCUUCGUAGUUCUCUACACUUUGUCCUUUCCUGCUUCUUGCUGUCUCAGUUCCUUCCUCUUCCUUCAUUCUUGCGCAGGGUCUCCCCACUUUCGCCCUGUCGACUCCGCGCAAAACCUGUGAAGUCUGGAAGGCGUUUUCCAGCGUCUGUGUUGGAAUCACGGCGCAUGUUAUA